ACUCCAGUCUCCCCUAGUGACGACUCGACGGAGUCACGGUCCCCAGCAGAACGGAGAGAUCGCCGGCGAGAGUUUCCCGAUGACCGGCGGCGGCGGCAGCACCCGGCGUCCGGCCGCCGCCGCUAGGAGCCGCGGGAGGCCCUCCGACGCCUCGGAGCCGGAGCCGGACGCUCGCCGAGCCGCGGCCGCAGCGGCGCGGCGCCGUGGCCGCGGCGACCAUGGGCCACUGCGCCUCAUGGACGUGAGCCCCCGAACCCUCGCGCUCUUAGGGAUUGCUUCCUUCGCCCUCAUGUCGGUCGCCUUCGUGGCGUAUACGGGCGGGUGGUGGGAGGAGGUGGAAGGGGAGGGCGCGGCGACGCUACGAACAGUCAUGCGCUCCGUCACGCCGCUGCCGGCGCCCAGGAUGAUGGAUCUGCCUCAGUUCCAAGGUGACCACAAGGAAAGCUUGUAUUGGGGCACUUACAGACCAAAUGUGUAUCUUGGAAUUCGUUCAAGAACUCCUCUGUCUCUAAUUGCUGGAUUGAUGUGGAUUGGCUUGAAAAAUGGACAAUAUUUUCUUCGUCAUGUUUGCCAAGAUUCUGAUGAGCUGAGCACAUUUGGGUGGACAGCUCACAAUGGUAGGGAUUAUGGACAUCAGGCGCUGGUUGAUCAUGGCCUAUUCUUGACUACUGGUUUUAUUAAAGAUAAAGGAGAGGGCAGUGGUUAUGGUGGAGACUGGGCAGUUCGAUUGGAUGCUAACAGUGAGAGGUCAAGUUUAAGUGAUGCUCAAGGAAGCACCACACAUUUGUUUUUCUACAUUGCUGACGAAAGUGGAAAGUCAAUCACUAUGGGGUCACAUGCACCUUCAUCAAGGGGCCCUGUUCUUUUGGCUUCUGGGUCGCACGAUGAGAUUGGUGAUUGGGAAUUGUACUUGAGAUCUGAGGACAACCUGGAAAUUCAUAGAGCUGGAUUCAAAUCAAUGAGUAUGCAUAAUCUGAGUGACCUAGUACAACAGGCCGUUGCAACAAAUGCAAUGCAAACUGGGAACCUUAACUUGCCAGACACGACUGAAGAUUCUUCAAAUAUAAUGAUCUAUCAGGUUUCCAUAAAGACUCCUGCUCAAAUAGAUAUAGUAUUCUUGUCAGGAUCUGCCUCGAAAAAUCCAACUGUUGAAGAACGGAUUAGCAAGCUAACAGGUCCCAUGCUGAGUGCUCGUCUUGAAUCAAAACAAAAGGAAUUUGAAGAGAGAUAUGAUCAAAUAUUCAAUGUAAAUAAUAAGAUUGAUUCCAAAGAAUUAUCUGUUGGUAGAGCUGCCUUGUCAAAUCUUCUUGGUGGUGUUGGCUACUUCUAUGGGCAGUCCAAAAUUGCGCUUCCAAAAGGUUUUACACAAAAAAAUGGGGAUAAAUAUAUUCCAUAUUGGCCAGCUGCGUUAUAUACUGCUGUACCCAGCCGCUCAUUCUUUCCAAGGGGAUUUCUGUGGGAUGAGGGCUUCCAUCAAUUAGUCAUUUGGCGUUGGGAUGUGCAUAUAUCAAUGGAUAUCAUUGGACAUUGGUUAGAUCUGCUUAAUUCAGAUGGAUGGAUUCCUAGGGAGCAAAUCUUAGGAGCUGAAGCUUUAAGUAAAGUUCCUGAGGAGUUUGUUCUGCAGUACCCUUCAAACGGAAAUCCUCCAACUUUAUUUCUUGCGAUACGUGAUUUGGCAAGUGGAAUACACGCAAAACAGUUUUCAGAUGAUGAAGCUGAAAAGAUCUCUGCUUUCCUUGAAAGGGCUUAUAUGAGGCUGAAUUCUUGGUUCCAAUGGUUCAACAGUACACAAUCAGGUAAAUACAAAGGCACCUUCUAUUGGCAUGGAAGAGACAACAUGACAACAAGGGAGUUGAACCCAAAGACUUUGACAUCUGGAUUGGAUGACUAUCCUCGUGCAUCGCACCCUAGUGAUGAUGAGCGCCAUGUUGACCUUCGUUGCUGGAUGCUUCUAGCUACAAACUGCAUUUGUUCAAUUGCAGAGUUUCUUAAAAUGGAUAGCGCUCUUGAGAAGGAUUACUAUAAGAUGUCAAAUCAACUUUCAGAUUUUGGAGCACUUAACAAGUGGCACUUGGAUGACAAAAUUGGUGCUUAUUUCGACUAUGGUAACCAUACUGAAAAGGUCCGACUGAGAUGGUAUGAUGUCCAAGACAAGGAUACUCUGAGACGAGAGCUCUUGCGAGAAACAUUACAACCCCCUCAGCUGCAAUUAGUACCCCAUAUUGGUUAUGUCAGCCUCUUCCCAUUCAUGAUGGGAGCUAUUCCACCUGAAUCAUGGGUUCUUGAGAAACAGCUUGAUCUAAUAUCCAAUACCUCUAUAUUGUGGACAGAUUAUGGUCUUCGGUCACUUUCUAGAACAAGUUCAAUAUAUAUGAAGCGCAAUAUGGAGCAUGAUCCCCCAUAUUGGAGAGGUGCCAUUUGGAUAAACAUGAACUACAUGAUUCUUUCAGCACUACAUCAUUAUUCACAUGGUAAGCUCUUGAAUUGGCUACUUUAUCCCCACUGCAAAUCUCUAUGUUGGCACGCUGAUAUAACAUUGUGCUUUACUGUAGAGGAUGGCCCAUACAAGGGCAGGGCAGGAGAAUUAUAUGACAAGCUAAGAUCAAAUCUUAUCCGGAAUAUCGUGAAAAAUUACCAUGAAACUGGUUUCUUCUGGGAAAACUUUGACCAAAAGAACAAAGGAAAGGGAAAGGGUGCACGGUCAUUUACUGGAUGGACUUCACUUCUUGUUUUGAUCAUGGCAGAGUCCUACCCGACGUUGCAUAGGUGAGAUAUACAUGGCUAACAACCACAGAAGAAGAUAACCGUGGCAAUUCGAAUGGAGGGGCUGGCAACUGGCCAUUGUUUAGCUCGACUUCAACCAAAAAAGUGAGGGAACUUGAUUCAUAGCAUACUAAAAUUACUCCUUGUCAAUCUGUUUAGAAUUAGUUACACAUUGACAUCACCAUUCCGUUCUCUAUCACUGUAAAAUUUUAGUUCCCAGUCCCAUUGAAACUCAUUUUUGGGGAUUUUCUUCAAAACCACCCCGGGAAGCAUGAGCUUAUAGAAACCGCAAACAAUGAAAGCUUGUUAACUAUUCCUUUUUGGUUAAAGCUGAACCGUGGAGCUGUACUUACUUGCAA